AUGCUGCAGUACGUGCACUUGGACGAGAAGUGGUUUUACAUCACCAAGGUGAGCCGUAAGUAUUAUCUCGUACCUGGAGAGAAAGAGCCAAAACGAGAGUUCAAAAGCAAAGGAGCUGGAACUCUCGAAACCAAGUCAGUCGUCGUGACAAAGGACGUGUACCGUACCGUCUUGCUGGAAAAGGUCUUGCCUGCCAUCGUCGCCUAA